ACUACCCGGUGUUAGGUCCCUGUAAGCUUAGUUCAGUGUGCGGCUGGCGGUGGGCGAGCUGAGUGAUAAUGGCGUCGUCUGAUGAUAUAGGCGGCACCUUAGAUGUUGAUGUUGUUGGUCUUGUUGACCUUGACUUUAAAAGUGAACCUGAUUUUUUUGACUUUGAUUCUGGUGGUGAGUUUGGACUAUUUGGAGAAGCAGGAGUGGCUUUACACACCACAGCCACCACCACUACUCAAAGUAAUCAGUCGUGCAGUACUACUGUCAAUGGAAAUACUACUGUUGGUAGUAGUUGCAGUAGUUCGCAUCACACGACUGGAUCGCCAAAUAGUAAAAAAACUUCUAACAGCCGUAAAAGAAAAAGUCAUUGGAAUGCUGUUGAGAAGGAUUUAUUUCAGAAAGGACUGGAACUCUUUGGACCUAACUGGAACAGACUCUCAAAUUUUAUAGCCACUAAGACUUCAGGACAAGUUCGUAGUUUUCACAAGAAAUGGGCCGAGACAGCCAACAUUGUCCAAGAAGCUGAGACUGUAGGGGAAACAUGUGUGUAUAUGCCAGCUGAUCAAGUUUGUAUUACUACUACAGAUUUAGAUGAUCCUUUAGGUCUUAUUGAAACUGCUACAACAACUGUAACAACAACUCCACUUUCUCCAAAAAGAAAUAAAAAAGUUGACAGUAGCUCACAGGCUUCAAGUGCAGUUGAAGAUAAUAGUAAAGGAUUUAAUUCAUCAGGUGAAAUAUUUGUUCCAAAUAUUGCAGAGGAAUGGAUUAUUGAGUCCGAUGGCUUUGUUUGUUCAAAUCCUGAAACUCUCAAUAAUUUUAGAAAAAAAAACGAAAAUAAAAAGAAAGUGAAUCAUAUAAAGAAAAAGAAAAAUUCCAUGCUUAGUUCAAAUGUGCCUUUUAAAAUAAAGUCCCCUCAGAAGCAGACACCAAAGAAAAAAAAGAAACUGAGGAUUACACUUGGUCCAACUAGCAGUGAGAGAGAGAAUGUGAUACACUCACAAACUUUACCCAAGAAGGAUGGAAAGAGUGACGAGCCCAAAAUUGCUAUGCCGGUACUUGGACAAGUUGUUCACAUUGUUAAAAAUGAGAUGGAAGAAAGUGAUGUUGAUAUUGAUAUAAGUGAUGAUGAAGAGUUGAUGAUUGAAGACAAACCUCCAAGUAAUGUAACGGUUUGUAACAACAUUGAAGACACAGUUAUUAUUGAGCCAGAUGAAUCUAUAGGAAAUAAAGAAGACACUGUAAGUGAAGAUUCUGGAAUUGAUGAUAAAAAACAACAAGUUUUCAAUUUUCCUCCCCCAGCUGAGGAGAGAACAUUAAAUUUAGAAGAUGUAACAGAUGAAGAAAAGAAAGUUCACUCUGAAUAUUUUGAUGGAAAAGGUGUAAAAACUCCAGAAAGAUAUUUGAAAAUCAGAAAUUAUCUUAUUACCUUUUGGAAUCAGGUGAAGCCUAAAUAUAUGAGAAAAACUAUAGUUCGUGCAGGUUUAAGGAACUGUGGAGAUGUUAACUCAAUAGGUAAAGUUCAUGAAUAUCUAGAAAAAAUUGGUGCUAUUAAUUUUGGGUGUCCAGAAAGUAAUUACACUUCUCCUUUAGUGAUUGGUGUUAAACAAAAAGAAAAGGUAACUGUACCUACUAAGCCUUCAACUAAGGUAGAUCGGUCAGAAAUGACUCGACAGAAACAAAAAAAGAAAUGGGAUGCAUCGAUGAGUGAAGGUGGUGGUCUUACAAUUAGCCAUGAUGAAUCAGGCGCAGUUGUGGAUGCAUGUCAUAUUCCGGAGGCUCCUCGCAGUAGGGCAGGUCCUGGGAGUGGCCCAAAUGGUGGAAGACUUGAGCAGUUUAAAUUAGUUCGCUGUCUUGAACAUGACCCAGACACUCCAGCUCCAUUUUCUGUUGUCAUGCAUGCUCAUGCUCUUAUUACAUUAGAUCUUCAUACACAUACAUCUCAUGCUGAAGUAAUGGGGUUGUUAGGUGGCUACUAUGAUCCUGCUACACAAACUCUCUAUGUAACUGUUGCAGUUCCCACCCAAGCUGUUAGUACAGGUGUGGAAUGUGACAUGUGCCCAAUAUCUCAAAGCACAGCAUGUACUGUUAUUCAUGAGGGUGGUGUGCAGGUAGUAGGAUGGUAUCACUCACACCCAACAUUUCCUCCUAAUCCAUCUGUUCAGGAUAUUGACACUCAAGAUCAGAUGCAGCAAUGGUUUGCACGCCAAGAUGCUCCAUUCCUAGGUAUUAUUGUAAGUCCCUUUUGUCCCACAAAUCGUAAUGAGGCUUCCCAAAUUCGUUGUAUUGUGUUAGAUAAACCGCCACAUAAAGUGUCUGGAAAGGAAGAGGUAGAAUCCUUUCGUUCUCCAUAUAAACUUUUCUGGUCUGUGAGUGAGGUAAUCCCUGGUGCAUGGGAAGAAGUCUGCCAGGGAGUGAGGGCAGUAGUUGCAGGUGCUCGAGAUGAUUCCAUGGCAGUAGAAUGGAGAGGAGAAUGGCGUGGGCAGUUGACGUACUGGGAGAAGGCAAUAGCAUCUUUAAACCACCAUUUACCUCUACAUCUACAUGAACCAUUACAGUCAGUGCGUACCACUUUCCUUGCUGCUGUCAGAGAGUAUUUGGAUGCUUGAUUUUUCAAAGAAAAUAAGAGUUCGGGAAUAUGGAUGUAAAGCAGCAUAAUCAACUCAAAGAAGCUGGCACUUGGGAAACUGAUAUAAAAAUGUUUACAGUAUUAUUGUGGCCAUUCAGGAAAGUCUUCUAGUUUCAUGAUCAUUUUAGUUUUUAUGAUAAUUUAACCUCUUGGGUAUGAGGGGUCUCUCUCUCUCUCUACUGAAUGAAAUUGUCUGGCAUUAGCCGAUUAAAAUAUUAAAAGUGGCAUCCAGUUGUGAAGUCUUUAAUCACAAAGGCAGUUCAUAAUCAUGUAGUCUGUACUGGUAGUUUUUCUUCAAGAAGCUUGUACAGUAUUACAGAGAUAGAGUGAGACCACAGAUGUAGCCCACCUCAUACAGGGAACAUUUAUUCAAGCUGAGGCAGCCAGGAUUUGGAGCCUGUCUUACUUAACACAGACAUGUUAAGAUAGAUUAUCUGUACCCCUGUUGGUUUAGAUAUUUAUGAGCAAUUUAGAUUACAGUAAUACCCUGCUUUACGGAGUUCUCGUUUACGCGUUUCUACAUUUACCCGGUACCCAGCCAGAACCGGAAUUCCCAAUUUACGCGGUGCAUCUACUCAUAUACGCGGGUGAAGUAUAAUUUUUUUAUUUAGCUCAUAAAAUUC